AUGUGUGAACUCCCCUAUGCCUAUGUGGACAGUGAUGUCAUGACAUGUCACUGGCANACCUGCUGCUGGUCUAUGUCUUAUAAUGCAGUGACAUAUGAGGAUGUGCAUGUGAACUUUACUCGGGAAGAAUGGGCUUUGCUGGAUCCUUCCCAGAAGAGUCUCUAUAAAGAUGUGAUACUGGAGACCUACAGGAACCUGACUGCUUUAGGCUACAAUUGGGAAGACUGUAAUAUUGAAGAACAUUGUCAAAGUUCCAGAAGACAUGGAAGGUAAUUUUCAUGU